UCCUCAUUAGGAGAACCCACCCGGCCCGGCGCACAUCCUCCAGAGAGAGAGAGAGAGCGAGAGAGAGAGAGAGAGAGAGAGAGAGACUGAAGGCUGGAUCUUGCUAAUUGUGAGUCCAACAGGACCCGAGCACAAAAAGUCAGUAAAACACAGAUAGGCCGUGCGCCACUGCUCCUGUUUUGGUCUUCGUGCGCUUUAGCGGGGAUUAGAUUCACCAAGAUCCCGGACAGGACGGAUGUCCCGACGACCGCCUGCACUGAACUCGGAUCCUGAAAACAGACGAUUUUAGUAUUUUCCCCGUUUUUUUGGAGACGAAGCGGGGGCAAGUGGGCGAUCCGGUGAUCCGUGUUGCUGCUGCCAUGAAGCUGCCGGGCUGGAUGGCUGUGGCGCUGCUGCUCGCGCACUCCGUGUCGACACAGCGUCACUCAUUGCGGCCAGUGGAUCAGGAGGGCUCUGGAAAUGACCUCUAUGAUGAUGAGGACUAUUUCUCUGGUUCAGGCUCAGGCUAUCCUGUGAUGGAGAUAGACUUGACUGAACCGAGUGCAUCUACCCCUACAAAAGAGUCCCUCCCAGUUUCAACCACACAGGCCUCUGGACCCGCCCCUUCAGCCCCACCCGCUGCAGAGCCUAGCAGCACCCCGGCGCCAGAAGUAGACAGGGAGAGUGGCAUGGAUAAUGAGAGGGAACUGGAGAUGGAGAUGGAGAAAAAGAGAGAGCAGCAGACUGAGCAGGAGAUGGAGAGGGUGCGGGAGAGGGAAAGAGAGCGGGAAAGGGAAAGAGAGCGGGAGAGGGAGAGAGAGCGAGAGAGGGAGAGGGAGCGAGAGAAGGAGAGAGAGCGAGAGAGGGAGAGAGAAAGAGAAAGGGAGAGAGAACGGGAUAGAGAGAGGGAGAGAGAAAGAGAAAGAGAGAGGGAGAGAGAACGUGAACAUGAACGUGAAAAGGCACGAGAGAGGGCAAGAAGUACAACUGCCCCCAUUGUUCCAAAAAUGACCACAGACACUCUAAUGAUUGGAAACAAGACCCCCAGUCCCAAUGAGGAUAUAGUCACCACUGAAGAAGAGGAUGGUUUGUUUAUUUCUACAGAAACCUCCCCCUUCGAAUCAUUCAGCUCAGAGGACCUCUUCACAGAUGACAUCGUAACUCAACCCACUGAGGUGGCUCCCAUCACUAUUGCUUCCACUACAACUAGGCCAAUCACGACUCCUGCCACACCCAGCACCGCCCCUCCUCGAUCACGAAAACCUCAUCCUGUUCCCAGUAUCUCUCCUAAACGUCCACGGAAACCCCAAUCUACAGCCAGCCCAGCCACACCCACUGAAAGUACACGCCCAGUGCCAGCUUCUACAGUACAGGUAAAAACACCAGAAACAGACAUUAAUAAUGAAGUUGCAGUUGCUGGUCCCAGUGGGGACUCUGAGAUCCGAGAGGAGGAUGGACGACGAGGAAAUGAAUUAGGGCAUGGCAAAGGUGCUUCGGACGUUGGUGCAGAGCCUGAUUUAACUGGCAACACAAUAGAUACAGGCAGUUCAGCUGCUCAGCUUCCUCAGAAAAACAUCUUGGAAAGAAAAGAAGUUUUGAUAGCUGUGAUUGUUGGAGGUGUAGUUGGCGCACUGUUUGCUGCAUUCCUGGUCAUGUUACUUGUAUAUCGAAUGAAAAAGAAGGAUGAAGGCAGCUACACCCUGGAGGAACCCAAACAAGCCACAGUCACUUAUCAGAAACCAGACAAGCAGGAGGAAUUCUAUGCCUAAAAUCCACACUCUUUCUUUUGCAUUCCUCCAUCCUUCUAGCCUCUACUCCCUCCGACCCUCCUAUCUUCCUGUCAUUUCUAUCUCUGUUUUCUCCUGACUCUCUCCUUUCUUCAUGAGAGUGCCUGCCACUCUGCGGACUUAGGACUUUCUUUUGAAUGGGAAAAAAAAUCAUCAAAAUAAAAAAGGCUUUGGACAGAGUUUUGCAGAUCUGUUAGGGAGAGAUAGGGACUCCAUACAUGAAAAAAAACAAAAAAAAAAACCCAAAACAAAACAUUUUUUUAAGUACACGUUGCUAUUGAUAUGUUUAAAAAUUGUUGUUCUAUAAAAUUAUGACAUAAAACAUUUUGUAAAGACACAUGUUCUAUAAAUGCACAAUAUUCCUCUCCAGCUGAGCAUGGAAGUCAAGAUGCAUGACAGAGGGAGUGAGGAAGGAAAAAAGGUCAUGGUGGGGCAAAGAGGGUCAAUGGAAAGGAAUGAAAAAGAUAAGACAAAGAGAGAGAAGUGGGGAAGGAAUUUUGGGGCCAUGCUAUUCUGAAAAGGUCAUGCUUCUGUCACAAGGGUCGCGUUGUGCCUUCCAUUCCCCUGGUGCUUGAAGCUGAGCAUGACCGCAGAACGGUGUGUGUGUUUGAGUAUGUGUGUGUGAGACUGGGGUGUCAUGAAAUUGCUGCCAUCUCUGACCUAUGUAAGUCACACACACACACACACACACACACACACACACACACACACACACACACACACGGUGUAACUCCCUCUGCUGGUGAGAGAGUAUGUCAGCAAGUCUGUCCUCAAUGACUGUAGAAUUAUAACUUCCGAGCAGGGAGGCUAAAAAAAAACUCAACACAGCACAUAAACAUUAAGGAAACAUUUGCUGUGACGGUGCGCAUGCAAAGAAACAGGAUUAUCUAUUUCUCUGUUCUGUACAAAGACAAUUAGUUAUCAAUAGUAAAAAUAAUCAGUAAUAUAUCAGCAGUUCUGAAUGGAUGGUAAGAGAUGAUAAUAUUAGUAGUGAAGGAUAUCUAUUUAGCUGUGCAGUAAACGUUUUACUGGUGUAAAUAUCAACUCUUUUUUAAUUUCAGUUUAUCAUGCUUUUACAUAUGCUUUUUAUGUAGUAAAAACCUGCGCACACAAACAGACACACACAUACAUAAAUCACUUUGGAAAUAGCAAUCCCAAUGUUUCAGCAAAGUAAAUACUGAUUUUAUUUAACAGCUCAUUGAUUGCCCCCUGCUUCAGUCGAAAAAAUAUACAUUCCUCAUGUUUUCAGUAUUUUCUUGAUGGUUUUUUAUCAGGUAAAAAGCACAAGCUUACAUGAAUGUCUCACUUUCUCAUUGACGCUCUCACACCACCACAUCCAAACACAGUAGACACCAUUAGGUGUUUAGUGAUCAUGUCCUCUGAAUGAUAUAAGAUUACAUGAGUUAGAUGGCAUAGACUAAACCAUUGGUACAGGGAUAUCAGUAUGUGUUUUGGUCCAAUUUAAAGCCAACAGCCUUAUGUUCUAGAGGAGCAAAUAUUCAGCUUAAGGCAUUUUAUUGGAAAUAAAACAGUAUCUACUUUGGGAUUCCACUGAAGGUCAUAAGAGUUGGUCAGAUUGUUUCUGAUUAUGUUGCAACAUUGUGCUGCACAAGACGAUCAAUAAAACGAAAUGACUGCGCUGUUAGAGUUAGGUAAAAGUGCAUGAUGUAGCAAUAAUGCAGCUAUUAACAUUGACACACCCAUAAUGCUGUCACCCUCUAGUGCUUUUGAGGGAGAAUGUACAGAUGCUUUCAUGCAGAUUUCCACUGCCUGGCCUUACUUUAAACUUAAUGCUAUAGACACCUGUAUGUGGCAUUACAUGUUUGUCACAUAUCAUUCCAUGUGUUGCAGAGGUGGGUGGCACGAUGAGACCAUAGCACAACAUUAGAGCACCGAGUGGUGUUUAAUAUGUCCCUCACUGCCCACUGUAGCAAAUCUUUGGUAGGUAAGCUAACUAAUUCAUAACAUAUCACUACGAGGGGACAUGAACGGGAACGGGCUAUGACUCUUAAUAGACUGCACUGAACCACAUUUCUUAACACAACCUACCCAUUUUAUAUGUACAACUCAGUACUAUAGAGCUGUAAUACUUCAGCGGUUUAUCAAUAGAGCACACAAAGACUUGAAUCAUGGCGUGCUUCUGAAUUCAUUCAAAGCAGGGGUGUCAGGCACAAGAGUUCAGCAUUAUUCCUUACUCAAUUCAUUAUUUCAUAACCAAUGCCUUCAUUAGUACUAGAAGAGAGAAAACAAAAAUCACCAUCACCCCUUGGAUUAGAGUCUGACCCCCUGAUUUAAAAACUGUGGGAAAAAACCUUGGGUGGUGUUGUAAGCGUGUGAGGUGGAUGUAUAGCUAUCUAAGAUUGUAAUUUCACACCAGUGCACCUGUAGCUUUGAAUAAUAUUUUUAAUAUUAUUAUCAUAACGUAUGAUCAUGUCAUGCCUAUGUGUGCAUGUAUGUGCCCAUGCUCUUACUGAAAUGUAUCUUCCUGAAGUUUUUUCUUCUUAAACCUUAUGGGUUUUUUUAUGGAGUAGGAUUUAUUCAGUUAGCAGAAUAAUUGAAGCUAGAAGGCAAUACACGACAAUACAAAAGUUUUUUAUGUUUUAUGGGUAAAAUGAUUGCGCUAACUGUGAUUUCUCACUUCAUAAAAUAACCUCCAAGACACCUUCCACUAGUGUCAUUAAUAGAAGUAAUUACUGUAAAACACACACACACACACACACACACACACACACACACACACGCAGAGUUUGUUUUGUAACUAGGUCCUUAAGAAAUUCCUUACGACCACAUAGACAUCAUGCACCUUUUGUGAUUGAGUGCACUAAGAAUAUUGUCACAAUCUCAGCAGUCACUUAUAAAUGGUAAUACGUUGCCUUCCCAAUCAAUAAGAUUAGUACUUAAAUUUAUAGAAAUACUCUACAUUUGAUCAUACUUCAGGGAUCAACAUAUUUUGAUUGUUCACAUUUUUAAACAUGUGUAGCUAUUUCUAGCAUGGCUACAAGGUUACAAUGAUUUACAAGGAUACAAAAAAAGACAUGCACUCAGUUUCAUUGAGCUAUAUAUAUUGUAUUUGUCAACACAACACAAAUGCACACCCACAUGCCUCCCAACACCAACAAACACCUGUGGUCAUUGUCUGUUUAUCCUGAAUGGAUUUGUCUCAGUGGCAGUUUCUUUGGUUGAUUGCUGUUUUCCCUGCCAUCUAACUUACCCUGUCACUACCCAUAGCCAAAUAAAAGGCGGGCCUUCCUGUGUUUGCGUGCCAAUCACAGGCGAGCAUGGUUUUGAUGUAAAGGUUGCCCAUUGUGUUUUAUACGUGCGCAUUUUUAAGAGCAGAGGUUUUUAUUUCUCCUCAUUUGAUUUGUGUAUAUGGGGGCGACAUUCUGUCACUAAUAUGCCACUCUGUUCUAAAUAAAAGACCUGAUUGGGUA